UGAGAGUCGUGCAGCGUGCAUGAUGUUGUAUCACCUGUUGCUGCAGACAGUAAGCACACAACAGUCAGCAGGUGUAUCAUCCGGUCAGCCUCACCUGCUGCUGUUUGAUCUUUAUAGCUAUAAGGAUGCGGAAAAGGCCGUGAACGACUUGUCACAGGCAGCAAGAGGAGGGUCGUUGUACGUCAUCGCUGAUGAAGUGAGCGGGUCAAGCUACUUCUGCUCUGUGUGUGACAAGCUUUUGACACAAGUUCCUCAUCUCCAUCUUUGGGCGGCAAGUUGUUACCAUGGAAACGCAACUGUCGGCUGGCAAGUGGAAUAUUUAACCAGACCCCUCCGCUCUCCACCGGCCGUCGUCAGGGAAGUGGAGCAGGAUAGGAGUUUCACUAAUGACCGUGAUGUCCUGCCGUACAGUGAGCGAGGUGUGCCCGACCACACAGACGGCCCGCCAGUCAGACGACUGUAUCACCAACGUCACGGUCACUCAGGUGACAGUCCAGAGAAUGUCACGACAACAGCCACGACACUUACCUCCACCAACGGCGGCACAAGAUCGCCCUGCCUGCAGUGGAGAGACGUGCUGGUGUUGUACUGGAUUAAGAUUCGUGACGACUCGGGUAUGAUGAAGGGACUUGAAGAAGCGGGUAUCCCAGUGCGGGUGAUGAAGGACGAUGACACUGAGGACGUUGCCACGGCCCGCAGUGACGUGGUGUGGGUGACGAGUGGAAGUCGUGUUUGUGGUCUGGAGAGAAAAGUCGUCGUCUGUCUGGAGGAUCAACUUUUAUCCCGGUUCUACUCCAUGUCCAGGUGUACGUCACAACUUCUGAUUGUCUACUCUUAG